AUGGGUCUCCUUACUCGCAAGUCACUCUUAUGUUUAUUCUUGAUGACAUCAGUAGUGUUCAUAUUAUCUUGGUUCUUCGUGUUAAGAUGGACUGGUCCGCAUCACUCUGUUGAUUUUACCACAUUACCAAAUUCCAAGCUUUUUGCAUUGGCUUACAAUGAGGAUUCUGAUGAAUACUCAGUAAUGAGUGCUUCAAAGGAUAAAGAAGAAGAAGAAGCAACUUGGAAUAAGCAUUCCAAGAAUUGUGAUCCUAUUAAGAAAAUUCUGAAGGUUUUUAUGUAUGACUUGCCCCCGGAAUUUCAUUUUGAGUUAUUGGGUUGGAAAGCCGAGGGAAAGAAUUUUUGGCCAGAUAUUCGUGCAGAGGUGCCUGAAUACCCUGGUGGAUUAAAUUUGCAGCACAGUAUAGAAUAUUGGUUAACAUUGGAUCUUCUGAACUCUGAAUUUGCUGAAAAUUUGAGUGGUCGUAGUGCUAUGAGAGUGCAUAACUCAAGUGAAGCUGAUGUGCUUUUUGUUCCUUUCUUUUCAUCCAUAUGCUAUAACCGGUUCUCAAAGCUUAAUCCUAACCAGAAAAAGAGUACUAAUUAUUUGUUACAGGAGAAAUUGGUUAAGUUUUUGAUGUCUCAGGAGGAGUGGAACAAGUCUGGUGGAAGAGAUCAUAUAAUAGUUGCACACCAUCCAAAUAGCCUUUUAGAUGCGAGGACGAAGCUGUGGCCUGCAAUAUAUAUUCUUUCAGAUUUUGGAAGGUAUCCCCCGACCGUAGCUAAUAUUGAGAAAGACGUGAUUGCACCUUAUAGGCAUGUUAUUAGAAGUUUUGUUGACGACUCAUCUGAUUUUGAUAGUCGUCCGACUUUGCUCUAUUUCCAGGGAGCUUUAUAUCGAAAAGAUGGUGGAAUAAUUCGACAAGAGUUAUUCUACAUGUUGAAAGACGAAACAGAUGUGCAUUUCUCAUUUGGUAAUGUCAAAAAAGACGGUAUCAAGCAAGCCACAAAGGGAAUGCACUCGUCUAAAUUCUGCCUCAACAUAGCAGGCGAUACUCCAUCAUCAAAUCGUCUAUUUGAUGCCAUUGUCAGCCACUGCAUCCCUGUCAUAAUUAGUGACGACAUUGAGCUUCCCUACGAAGAUGUUCUCGACUAUUCUGAAUUCUGCAUAUUCGUCCGUACAUCAGAUGCUCUCAAAAAGAAUUUCCUCAUAAACCUUAUUAGGAGCAUUGGGAAAGAGGAAUGGACAAGGAAAUGGAAAAGGCUGAAAGAGGUAGAAAACUUUUACGAGUUCAGGUAUCCAUCAAAGGACAAUGAUGCUGUUCAGAUGAUAUGGCAAGCUGUUUCUAGAAAGGUUCCAGCUAUUAAAAGGAAGCUUUAUAGGGCUAGGCGGUUUUCUCGUACUAUUGUCUCUAGACAAGGAGAGGUUAUGUCCGUCGAUAUCCCAAGAAACUUUUGGUGA